AAAAUACCGCCUUAAAACAUACAGCUUGAAGUUCAGAUAUUUUCGUUUAGUAUUUUGAAUGCAUAUAUGGUAAGAUUUUAAAUUGCGCUGUGGAAUAAUAGUUUUCCUGCAUGUUUAGCUUCCGACUGAUCGAGUUGUGGCAAGAUUGAACUUUCUAUUUGCAUUACAUUUUCGUAUCACUUAUCAAGAGUAAUCUGACUUUCGUGACACCAGGCUUUAACAAGUGUGAUAUGAACUUUCGUCAAUACAAUCCUUCCUCUGCACGUACAUCUAAAGGAGUCUGUCGAAAUAAAGAUUCUGAGAAGAGCAGCUCAAGUAAAAUUUUCUUAAAUUUUAUGUUGAACUGUGAACUAUGUUGAACUCAGUUGAACCAGUCAAGUCAAUGGUGCUCUAGCUGAUUUACUUUUUCGUAAUGUCGCCAAUAAUUGUGUCCAGUAGUACUGCAUACGGUCAACGCUGAAAUAGUAGUAAUUAUCUGCUGAUCUCCAUCUAAAUUUCAUUCCAAAAUUAGAAUGGUGUUUAUUAUGUACUUCUAAAUAUAUUACAACGAAUCUCAAUACCACUUCACGCUUUUUACAAAAGUAAGGGGGGGAGGUUGGUUCCAUACCUUUCAAUUACGUCCUCGCUAUUAAAUAGAAUGGGCUAAUAAAAACCAAAGAACUCGCAAGCAUAGUCAAUGAAACCAAUAAAAAUCUAGCGUACUUACAUUUGAUAACAAAACCUCAGUUUUAUAACUCUCACAAAUGAAAGGAGACAUUUCUGGUUAGCAAUGCCACACGCUUUUUGUGUGGUGCUGCCACUUAUUUAAUGGAGAUCAAGACACAUAACUUAUGAGUUUAGUUUGCAGUUCCUGGAGAGUUGGGCUUAUAAGUUAAGAGUCUCAUCCAUACCAUGAGAAUAACUUUUUUUUCUUUAUUUCUUCUUUCUCCUAUCGAGUACAACAUUAUCUCAUACCGUAGACUUUAUUCUCAUUCGUUAUACAUAUACGGUCUUCAUACACCGAAUGAAGUAUUACAUACACAUUUAAGGUGAUAUUUAUCACAUUUAAGGACAAUGAAAGAGACUUCCGAUUAUGUAGGAAAAUAUAUCUAACUACUUUUAAAAGAACAGUUCUCAUCAUUUUUAGAAAUGGACAAAAAUAAUUUAAGAAAUAGGUGAUCAGAAAGAUUUAGAAGUUUCUUUGUGUUACAGAGCUCCGGCUUUAUGCAUCUAUUCACAAAAUCAUGUCAAGUAUUAUUGAUACAUUUAAGUGUUUUCAGUGUUUCAAACUCUAAUUUGGAAAACCUUCAUGUGCGAUUAAAAAACCUAGUUCAAGGAUACUUUUAAAGAAAAUGCUCUAACUUACGUUGAUCUAAAAUUGAUUUUGAAUAUAUGUUGAGGAUGUACGUAAAAAUAUAAAAUGUCAUGUUUAAAAGAUACUGCAGUCUCAAAUAUUUGAUCCCUUAUUAGAAAAGUAAGUUUUAAAAAACAUCUUUAAAAAAAAUUCACUCUGUUGAAUGAUGUGUAAACGUCUGUGUUAUUUUUACACUGUUCGACUAUGGCAUCAUUCAAAGAUCCCUGUAGGUGAGAAACAAAAUUCACGUUAACCUGACGAUAAACUCUUUUCUUGUGAGCAUUGUUCAAAGACAUAUUCUUAUGCUUCAGGCUGAACGAAUCAUGUGAGAGAUCAUACUUAGAAAAAACUGUAUAGGUGUGUUUAUUGUCCUAAGACAUAUUCCUAUGCUUCAGGCUGAACAUAUCAUGUGAGAGAUCAUACUUAGAAAAAACUGUAUACGUGUGUUUAUUGUCCUAAGGCAUUUUCUUUCGCUUCAGCCUUAAAGACUUAUAUGAGAGUCUAUACUGGUGAAAAGAUGGAAAAGCCCUACAAGUGCGAAGGUUGUUUUAAAAAAAAUUCACACUUUUCAAAGCUUAAAAUACAUGAAAUAAUCCAUACUGGGGAAAGUCCUUAUUUAUGUGAAUACUGUCUGAAGGCAUUCAUUCAAUCUGCACAUUUGAAAGCGCAGAUGGGAGUCCAUAAUGCUGAAAAAUCCCAUAAGUGUGAACAUUGUUCGAAGGCAUACACUAGAGCUGCACAUUUAAGGGAACAUAUGAAAGUACAUACUGGUGGGAAGGUGGAAAAACCUCAUAGGUGUGAACAUUGUUCGAAGGCAUACACUAGAGCUGCACAUUUAAGGGAACAUAUGAAAGUACAUACUGCUGAGAAGGUGGAAAAACCUCAUAGGUGUGAACAUUGUUCGAAGGCAUACACUAGAGCUGCACAUUUAAGGGAACAUAUGAAAGUACAUACUGGUGAGAAGGUGGAAAAACCUCAUAGGUGUAAACAUUGUUUGAAGGCAUUUAAUAGAGCUGCACAUUUAAGGGAACAUAUGAGAGUACAUACUGGUGAGAAGGUGGAAAAACCCCAUAAGUGUGAACAUUGUUUGAAGGCAUUUAAUAGAGCUGCACAUUUAAGGGAACAUAUGAGAGUCCAUGCUGGUGAGAAGGGGGGAAAACCCCAUAAGUGUGAAUUCUGUUCUAAGGCAUUCACUGUACUUUCAAGUUUAAGGAAACACAUGAAAUCCCACACUGGUGAAAAGCCUUAUUCAUGUGAAUACUGUAUGAAGGCAUUCGCUCGAUCUGCACAUUUGAAGACACACAUCAGAGUUCAUACUGGUGAAAAACCCCAUAAGUGUGAACAUUGUUCAAAGGCAUUCACUGAACUUUCACAUUUAAGGGCACAUAUGAGAGGCUAUACUGGAGGAAAACCCCAUAAGUGUGAACAUUGUUCAAAGGCAUACACUAAAGCUGCACAUUUAAGGGAACAUAUGAGAGUACAUACUGGUGAGAAGGUGGAAAAACCUGAAAAGUGUGAACAUUGUUCGAAAACAUUCACUAGAGCUGCACAUUUAAGGGAACAUAUGAGAGUACAUACUGGUGAAAAACCCCAUAAGUGUGAAUUCUGUUCAAAGGCAUUCACUGUAAUUUCAAGUUUAAGGAAACACAGGAGGUUCCAUACUGGUGAAAAGCCCUAUUCCUGUGACUACUGUUCAAAGGCCUUUAUUGACGCUUCAGAUUUUAAGCAACACAUUAGAGUUCACGUUGGCAAGGAGCUGAAUUCGUGCGACUGAGGUAUGGAGGCGUUUUCGUAGGUGAUAAAACUUGAGACAUAGAAGCUGUGCUGGUGGCUUACCGUAAGCUACUUUAAAUUUUCAAUUGGAGAUCGUAUUCAUAGAUGCAAAUGCAUUUUCAGAAGAAGGAAGGUAUAAGCUAGAAACAUAGCGUUUAAGACGGAAUGAAAGUACAAUGACGUCAGAACAUUGAUUGACAUUUUUAACAGCCAAUCAGAGGGCUAGGAAUAUCCCUUGGUCCGAACAGUAGUAAAGGUAGCUUAUAUGCGGCUAGGAUUCAAUCAAAACACAAUUGCGAUCGCGUCAAGAUAAUUGCAACGGUCCAGAUUUGCGAUUGUGAUUGGAUGUCGAAUUCAAGUGAAACGCUAUCAGGGAAUCGCAAGUGAGAAGUCGUGAUAGGAGAUACUGGUCGAUGAUAAUCGCAAGUACUUGAAGCGGCCAAUUGAUAUUAACCAAUGAGAAUAUAAGGUUUAAGUGAGGAGUGAAAAACGUGAUGUAAAGUUUGUUUUGAUGGUGAAUUAGCACUUUGGCUGCCGAUAAAAUUCCCCUUUACUAAUACACUCAAGAACACCUGUUAAACUAUACC